GGGGACUUAUUGGAAAACCACUUUUAACAAAAAAACACAAUUUCUACAUUUUGUAGACUUACUAGGUUUUAAAAUGGGACAGCCGCAGUAUACAACGUUACCCAUAUUUGGCAUUACGACCGUAUCACUUUGUCUUAAAGUACACUGUCAACACUGUCGCUGUCAUGCCUGUUGUGUCAGACAGAUGAACUGUCAAUGUCAGUAUUAUUGUUCUGUGACUGUCAAUGUCCCCACCAAAUUAUUCUUUGUGUUGUGUUUUAGUUGUUUUGAAGUACUUUCCAAAAUAAUCUUAUAUAUUUAUAAGCGUAGAAUAAAUUUAUUAGUGUGAAGAGUUUAGAAAAUUUUCUUCGGAUGUCAAAAUAAUCUUGAAAUAAUUUGUUUUAAGAUAAUAUUAAAGAAAGAAACGUCAACUUUUGUACCAAUGGAAAAGUCACGGUUUUCUUUAUUGCUUUUAGAACCUGGUGAAGUAUACUUUGAAGAUUUUUCUUGUACAUUAAACGAUCACAUCAAAUUUAAUGAAGGCAGUCCGAGGCAUGGUUGUUUAAAACUCUGUUCUAAAUCAUUAGUAUUUGAACCUAGAGACUGGACUUGGCCUCUUGUGAAAUUAUAUUUUAGGGAUUGCAUUUCAAUAUCGGUGGUAAGACCACACUUUAUUGAUGGAGUAAGCAAUAUAAUCAUGAUAAAAAUGAAGCAAUACGCAGAGAUGCUCAAAGAAAAUAUAUUAGCACCAUAUAAAUUUAUGUAUGAGGAGAAAGAAUUUUUUAUAUUUUUUGACUUUGCAUCAGCUGAGGAAUGUUUGAGUCAAAUGGAGCAAUUGCAGAGAGCAUCCACUCUGCAUGCACCAGAACACAACAGUAUGGUUGCAACUAUAUUACAUUCCCGUUAUAUGAGGAUGGUGUUUGAUCCUGUGAUGAUGGAUGAUUUUACUGAGCAAAUCCUUUGUGAGUUGCAAGCUGAAAAAAUAUCACCACUCGUCAGGCAUCAAGGAAAACUGGCUAUUACUCCUACCACCAUCUAUUUCCAGCCAUUCAGCAAUGUUGAAAGUAGUCCUGUUUUGAAACUUAAACUGUGUGACCUAAGAAGAAUGUACAGAAGGAGAUUUUUGCUAAGGCAAGUUGGUUUAGAAUUGUAUAGCCAGGAACAAAGUACAGUACCUCAUAUAUAUUUAACUUUUCAAUGUGAAGAUGACAGGGAAAAAACAUAUGGUAUUCUGGAAGAGUCUUCAAAUGUUAAUCUAGUCAAAAAACAUGCUGAAGAAAUGACUAUGCAGUGGCAAAAUGGAGUUGUGUCUAACUAUGACUAUUUAAUGUAUUUGAACUGUCAAGCUGACAGAAGUGAAAAAGAUUUAACCCAGUACCCUGUCUUUCCGUGGGUAGUAGCAGAUUACACAUCUGAAACAUUGGACCUCAGUAACACUGAUACAUACAGAGACUUGUCUAAACCAAUGGGUGCAUUGAAUCAAGACCGUUUGGAGAAAUUAAAAGAAAGAUACCAUGAAAUGAAUGAACCCAAGUUUUUAUAUGGAUCACAUUAUUCUGCACCGGGUCUUGUGUUGUUUUACUUAGUUCGAAAGUAUCCACAGUAUAUGUUAUGCCUCCAGAAUGGUCGGUUUGAUCAUCCAGAUAGAAUGUUUAAUUCUGUCAAAGAUGUUUAUAAUAAUUGUUUACGUAAUAUGUCUGAUUUUAAGGAACUGGUACCAGAAUUUUAUAAUACGGAUACUAAAGGAGACUUUUUGGUGAACAUGUAUGAGAUAGAUUUUGGAGAGCGACACGAUGGGACGAAGGUGAACGAUGUAGCUUUGCCGCCAUGGGCGACGUCGCCUAAAGACUUCGUUACGAAGCUUAGACAGGCAUUGGAGUCUGAUUAUGUUUCUAGGCAUUUACACCUCUGGAUAGAUUUGAUUUUUGGCUAUAAACAAAGAGGUGAAGAGGCGGUAAAAGCUGAUAAUGUAUUUCACCACGUCUGCUAUGAAGGCGCAGUGGAUCUCGAACGUAUAUUGGAUAUGAACGAUAGACAUGCGCUAGAGGUACAGAUCAUGGAGUUUGGACAAGUGCCUAAGCAGCUUUUCACAAAACCUCACGUCAGAAAAGUUGGGCAUGUGAUAGAGAGAGUGUUAAGUUACCAACCAACACAUGUUACUUCUUAUAAAAUAGAAUGCAUAGAUGUGAUAACCCUUCAUAAGGAAGCGGUAACUUGCGCGUUACGUCAAAGCUCCAGAAUAAUCUCUGUUGGCAGAGACGGCGCUUUAAAAGUGUAUGAUAUAGAACAAAAGAAGCAAAUAAGAAGUAUCAACUUGUGCCACACUCCGUUGAGUUCGUGCGUGAUGAUUGACGAGAAUAUUGUCGCUGUGGGUUCAUGGGAUAAUGAGAUAUAUUUAUAUGACGUGGAGUAUGGAAGGAAAGUGGAAAGUUUUCGCGCCCACGAUGAUUCCGUGACCUGUUUACUGUGGUUGGAGAAAGAACGGCUGUUGAUAUCUGGCGGUAGUGACGGGGUGGUCCGUGCGUGGGCCAACGUGGGUCGCUUGGGGCAGGCGCUGCGCGGACUGCGGGCCGAGUUCGAUCACGACGAAAACGUCACCACGUUGGCAUACAGGCGGUGCGGUCAAGAAGUGGACAUUAUAGCGGGUACUAGCGACGGUGAAGUGUCAAUAUGGCAGCUGAGAAGUAAAUCGCGUCAGACAGUGUUGCGUGUUCACACCGCCGCCGUGUGCGCAUGCGCAGUGUUGCCAGCUGCACGCCUGCUCACUGCCAGCCAGGCAGCAGACUUCCACGUUACAGAUCUUAGUGUGGCACAUACGGUACGUAGAGAUUAUUUUAAUUCCUUAAACAUAAAAACAUAUCAGCUAUGGUAACAUAACAAUAUUCAACUGUAUACCAAUAUUCGUAAAGCUGCGUUUACACGGGGUCAUUAUCUUACUCCAAAAUCAAGGCAAGUCAAUUAUUGAUUAUGAAAUCAUGAUUUACCCCAUAUUCUGAUAUUAUAUUAUACUCAUAAUAAAUGGUUAUUAGCAAUUCGUUGUCAUUGUAGAACGACUACCCAUGUAGUCGUUCUACAAAAUUGCUAUUUAGCACAAAUAAUUAUUUUCAUAAAAUAUUAUCUCGAGCUACUCCGUGCUUCGGAAGGCACGUUAAGCUUUUGGUGCCGGCUGCAUUUGCAGUCCUUUAAUACCUUCCGUAUUAAUACCUUCCGUUCCGCAUUGGGCCAGCAUGUAGGGUCAUGGCCCAUCUUCUAUAAGCAUCCAUAAGGAAGGCCUGAGCGGUGACGUCAAAGGCUGAUGAUGAUGAUGAAUAUGCAGGUGUACGAGACGCAGUUACCGGAGGCGGCUAAUACUUGCGCGUGCGACGGGCGCGGCGUGGUGUGGGUGGGGGGAGCGCGGGGAGAACUCGUGCAGUGGGACAUGCUUGCUGUACAACAGACUACACGUCUACCAGCGCACCAAGAUACAAUCACUUGCGUUUACCUAGAUGAGGCUACGAAAACUCUGGUCACUGCGAGCAAGGAUAAAACAGUAAAGCUGUGGCAACUCUCAUCGGAUUCCUGACGAAAUAACUUGUUCAUAUAUUCCUUUAGACAGUAUUAUAAAUAUGUCUUAAAUAUUAGUAAGUUUUUCUUAUUGAUCAAGAA